GACCUUACCAGGACGAGAGUUGACAAAGUGAACGCCGAGUUAGUAACAUUAACGUACGGUACAAUUGUCGCGCAACUUUGCCAGGACUACGAUGGAAACUACCAAGAAGUGAACAAGCAACUGGAGAAGAUGGGCUACAAUAUUGGAAUGCGACUUAUCGAGGACUUUCUGGCCAAGUCGGGCGUGGGCCGUUGUGCUAAUUUCCGGGAAACAGCGGAUAUGAUUGCAAAGGUUGGGUUCAGGAUCUUCCUCAACAUCGCGCCCACGGUCACCAACUGGACAAGUGACAACAACCAAUUCUCUCUCAUAUUUGAAGAGAACCCGUUGGCGGAUUUCGUUGAGCUGCCUGAUGACGGACGGGCUCAAGAUGAGCUGUGGUUUUCUAAUAUUCUUUGUGGAGUCCUGCGGGGUGCAUUGGAGAUGGUGCAAAUGCAGAUCGAGGCGCAUUUUGUGAGCGAUGUUUUGCGGGGCGAUGACACUACGGAGAUGCGGGUAUCACUUGUAAGGUACAUUGAGGACGAGAUGCCACCCGAUGAGGAGUGA